AUGGAGUGGUUUAAAGUUGUUGCGUUUGCUGUGUGCGUCCUCGUACCCGCCGCUCACUGCGCAUCGCAACCUAUAGCCUGGUGUUAUCACCUCCCAUCCUGCAAUGACACAGCCUGGCCGACAAUUUCCUCCCAGAAUUGCAACGGCAGCCGACAGUCACCCAUUGACAUCGUCUCAGCAUCAGCCACACCGAACGACAACCUGAGUGAAUUCACUUUUGUGAAGUACGACGACACCUCCGCAAUGACAUCCAUAGAAAAUACUGGCAACACAGUCAAAGUGACCUUUAAGAGCGGAGUUAAGAUUUCAGGAGGGGACCUGUCAGAGCAAUACGACAGCCUCCAGUUUCACUUGCACUGGGGCAACGGCUCCUUUGUGCCCGGCUCAGAGCAUACAGUAGAUGGAAAGCGUUAUCCUAUGGAGCUGCAUAUUGUGAACAGCAAGUCAUCCUACAAUGGGAAUACAAAUCUAGCCGUUAAUGACUCCACCGGACUCGCAGCUCUUGGUUUCUUCAUCGAGGUAAUGCCAGGUAUCUCAACUGGCCAGCCACAAAGCUGGCGCAAUUUGACCUCUUACUUGGCCAACAUCACAGAAAAAGGCCAGAAAGUUUCCAUUGCAGCCGGGUUUUCCCUGGAUGACCUGCUCGUCGGUGUGGAUCGCACUAAGUAUUACCGCUACCUUGGGUCCUUGACGACCCCCUCUUGCAGUGAGGCGGUAGUCUGGACCAUUUUUAAGGAACCAAUUAAAGUCAGCAAAGAUCUGAUUGACCUCUUCAGCACCACACUGCACUUCAACGACAGCAUGUCACAACUCAUGACAAACGUCUACAGAAGCCUGCAGCCUGCACAGCAAGUCUGGACUCAGAGCAUCAAGGCCUCUGCCUCCACAACCUGCUUCUCCGUGGGCCUGCUGCUUCUCAGUUUUACACUGGGCUGGAGUUGGAGCUAA